UUGUUAAACAUAAAAAGGCCACAGUUCAUUCAAGAACCUCAUACCAAACCAUACAGCUAGCAAAGCAUUAAAGACCCUUCUUCUUCCUGAUUAAAAAGAAGGGAAAAUUGCAAUAAAUAAGAAGUGCAGAAAUUAACCAUUGUAAGAGAAAAGAAAGAAGAUGGAAGAGGUUGCAGAGAAAAAAGAGCGUAGCAUAACAACAGUUUAUGAUGUUACAAAGAAUCCAAUGUUUUGCUUACAAGAAGCCAUAAGAGCUAUUCUUAUGUGUCUAGGUUUUGAAUCUUCAAAACCUGAGAAGUCGUCUUCUUCAUCUGAAUCUUCUUCAAGUCUGUCAGAUAAAAAAGAAGAGAGUGAAAAACAACACAACUCAUGUGUGUUCCAGGAAGAUGGUACUGAAGUGAAUAAGCAGCAGGGUGCAGAUUCAGCAUCAACAAAUAAUAAUAAGGAUGACCCUCCAGCUGAAGCUGAUGGUCCACCUGAGUCUCAGACACUUAUAGAUCGAAGACCACCACCAAGACCUCCAGUUAUCCCGGGACCUCCUCCUGAGCACAAUUAAUUGAUAAUAUAUUCCCCUCUUUAAGUCUGAUAUCCAUAAUUUCAUACUUUGGCUAGGGUUGGUUGAAUUACGUUUAAUCUGUUCAUAUGGUCAAUUAUCAAGACUAGGUCUACUGGUCUUUUAUCUUGGUUUGAUUUCCUUGUUUAAUUGUUAUAGGUCCUUAUUUUUUUAUACACAUAUGUUGUAAGAUAUAAGGAUUUAUAUGUGCCAGUUAAAUAGUACAUAAUUUACAAGUUAAGUACUUACUUUGUCGGA